UUCUUCUUCUCUCUCCUCGCUCACUCCUUACGAUAAUUGGGUGCCCAUCUAUCCAUCUACCCUCCAUCUCUAGGAUUAGGGUUAGGGUUUUCUGCGUCUGGGCUUUUGUAUAAGAUGAUGCAGCCAGCAUCUGGGGUGGUCCCACCGCCGAUGGCCCCCAUGCCCAUGGACCAGCAACAACAGCAACCUCAACAGCAACAGCAGCAGUAUCCCCCUGCUCCGCCGCAGCAGCAGUGGAUGAUGAUGCCUCCGCCGCAACAACAGGCGCCGCAACCCCUUCAGCAGCCACCUGUUUGGGCCCAGCAGCCUCCUCCGGCUGCCGUCCCUCCGCCUCAGCAGUCGCAGAUGCAGGCCCAGCAGCAGCAGCAGCAGUACGUGACGGUGCAGGGCGCGGGCCCUGAUGAGAUUCGAUCGCUUUGGAUCGGAGACUUGCAGUACUGGAUGGACGAGAACUAUGUUUGGAGCUGCUUCGCUCAAACUGGAGAGGCUGCUUCAGUGAAGGUUAUACGUAAUAAGCAAACUGGCCAGACAGAGGGUUAUGGUUUUAUAGAGUUUGUAACUCGUGCCGCGGCAGAAAGAGUUCUGCAGACAUACAAUGGCACAUUAAUGCCAAAUUCUGAGCAGAAUUUUCGAUUGAACUGGGCGACUCUUGGUGCUGGUGAAAGGCGUACAGAUGAUACACCUGACUUUACAAUUUUUGUUGGGGAUUUGGCUUCUGAUGUUACUGAUUAUAUGUUACAAGAAACAUUUAGAGCUCACUAUUCAUCUGUCAAGGGUGCCAAAGUUGUUACUGAUAGGACCACUGGACGUUCUAAGGGUUAUGGGUUUGUUAGGUUUGGAGAUGAAAGUGAACAAUUGCGUGCUAUGACUGAAAUGCACGGAAUGUUCUGCUCAACUAGGGCUAUGAGGAUUGGGCCAGCAGCUACCAAGAAACCUGUGGUUGGUCAGCAAUAUCAAAAACCUUCCUACCAGAAUCCUCAAGGGAGUCAGGGCGAGAGUGAUCCAAAUAAUACAACAAUAUUUGUUGGUGGUUUGGACCCCAGCGUUUCCGAUGAGCAUCUGAGACAAGUGUUUGGUCAAUUUGGUGAGCUAGUUCAUGUGAAAAUACCGGUAGGCAAGCGUUGCGGGUUUGUUCAAUUCACUAGCAGAGCUUGUGCUGAGCAGGCAUUAUCAAUUUUGAAUGGAACACAGUUAGGAGGACAAAAUAUUCGACUUUCAUGGGGGCGAAGUCCUUCAAACAAACAGGCUCAGCAAGAUCAGACUCAGUGGAAUGGUGGUUAUUAUGGAUAUGCUCAAGGAUAUGAAGCAUAUGGUUAUGCAGCUCCUCCUCAGGACCCCAACAUGUACUAUGGAGGUUAUGCUGGAUAUGGAAAUUACCAACAGCCACAGCAGGUGAGAACCUGAUAUAAAAGCUUCUUCUCGUGCAGCUCCUUUCAAUAAUAGGAUUUCUGUGCAAGUUUCCUGAUGGUAUUAUUAUUGCCACUGGGAUGAACUUGGUGAAUUUGUUGGUAUUGAUGCUCCAUGUUACCUGAGGAGCCUUGAGCGUAUUAGUCAUGAGUUGAUCAGGUUGCUGGUUGCCCUGGGUAUCUGAUUGUGUGUAUGCAGUAAAAUUAACUUGGUAACAAAAGAAUUGAUGCUUGACUGAUUAGAUUUUGCUUUUUGCUCAAUUACCAUUACAUGGGUGAGUUUACAUAAACGUGGCUGGGAUAUAUAGUCCCCACUAAAAUGACAAAAUAACCUUUAACAAGUUCAUUGUUUGUUUUCUAGAAUUGUCCCCAUUCAAAUCAAUACCCAGGGUCUUAUAUCUAAACCAUGUGAGGGGGAAUUGAAAGCAAGCAGAUAAGAAUUUCUGCCUUUACAAGUGCAUCUUUUGGCUGUUAUAGCACUGGAAACCCACCUAUCCUAUUAUUUGUGGACAACCGCAGGCCGUAGUUCUACCUGAAUCAGAGAACUCAGGCACUCGUGCACUCAAUUAAUAUGAUCAUUCGGCGGGAUAUUCAGAAACUGGUUGAAAUUUUUGGAUCUGAAUAUAUGUGGCUGGAAGGAAGUUUAUGAAUUAUGAUCAAUUAGAUAGGACAAACUGUCAUUGGAAUAAAUCAGAAGGAAGAAAAAAAAUCUCAAUUAACUCUUUUUUGGAUAGAAUCAGCCUACAUAAGCCACAAUUAGUUAAAGUAUGGUGGGUCCUUCUUAAGUAAUUGUGAAGCAAAGAUGCCUAAAAGCAAGGAUAAAUCAGAAAUGAGAACAAAUGUAAGGUUGCAGCAUUUUUUUAUCAAGCUAUCAAAGCAAGUACAUAGUUCAUUAUUGGGGGCCUCAUUAUUAUUAUUAUUAUCAUUGGUAGCAAGCUCAUGCAUGCCUUUUUCCAAGGUCGCCUUGAGUAUAUUUUAAAUAAGUUUGCCCCAAACAGAUUGUAUGAUCCAUACUCAAAGAUUAAUGAUAUAUUUUUUUUGUUGUUGUUAUAUGUUGAACUAUGAAAUAUAAAUUGUUAAUAUAUGUUAUAUUUUGAAUUAUAUGUCUUUUGGUUAUAUUGAAUUGAAUGAGUUGAGCUAUUUAGUUGGAUAUGCACAACAGUGGUAAUACAAUAAUGUUAGUAAUAUUUUAAUGGCAAGUGGGAGUGCAAUGAUUGUAAUUUUGGUUUUAUUGGUGAGGUUUGAGUUGAACGAAAAUAAAGGCCAGGGUAAAGCUGCAUACCCUGUAAUGGCCCUCGCCUUACCCUCGCAAAGUGGGGAAUCUUGUGGCGUGGGGAUGCCCUUUGUUUCUCCUGUUUGGCCAAGAGAGAUCUUUAAUUGCAGUGCACAAGUUAAUUAUAGAACUUCCAGAACAUGAAAGCUUGUUGAGGGAAACUGUAAGAUUUUAUCUGUCUUGUAAUGAAUGAUGAGUAUGGUGAAAUAUUUUUAUUUAAUGAUUUUUUUUGUUGGCGUUAAAAUUUAUGUCUAAGUUGAUGUUGUGAUAAUCAAUCUAUGAUGAUGAGCAAAUUCUUUUAAAUUAAUAUUUGUGACGGAAGAUUGUCCUAAUCUCUGCUCCUAUCAACUUCUGUAAUUGGCUGUGAUGGCAGAGAUUGGUUGAAAUGUACAUGAUAAAAUUGAAUGUUACUGUUGUUACCUGGUGCUUAUUCAACUAUUUCUAUCACGUGAAUUCUGUAGUUGUGAUCGUGACAUGAUUGUUAUUCUUACAUGCAGUGACCUGCAGCUGAGCUGUAUCCAAAGAGUCUGAAGGCUGAUGGUUGUGUAGUUUACUCCGUUGCCGGUGUAAUGUAAUUCAUGUGAUUUUGUGGGUUCUUUGAACAAAAUGUAAUAUGAAUAUGUUGGUUUCUGGAGAGCGCGACCAAUCAAACAUCUUGUUUCUCUUAGUAUUUUGUUUUAGAAAUCUUAGACUUGUUCUUUGUGGGUCAGUUUGGGGGGCGUGGAAGGCUUUCCAGAAUCAGUGCACCAAAUUAUUAAAUUGAGAUUUCCAUGUUACUUUA